GAUAUAGUUAAAAAGAUAAAUCUGGUAAUAAAUAUCAGAUCAUGAGAAUAAUAUUCACUAAUGAAAAUGAUGAAGUUUUUCGUACUGUUUUUCAUAUUAUUCAACGUAAUUAAUAUUUCAUUUACUGAAGAUGAUAACAAAAGUGUGUUGUACAAUUUUUACACCGCAAAUAAAAAAAACGAACCCGUGGCUAUUACUGUCGAUACUGUAGAAAAUUUGGAAGAAGCUGGAUUUGACGUGGCACAAAAAACUGUAUUUCUCGUUUACAGUUUCGAAGAACCGUCUGUAAUGGAUUCAAAAUGCCAUUUAAAAGACGAAAUUUUGAGUCAAAACUCGGUAAAUUUGUUUAUGGUCGAUUGGAGUACAGUCACUACGCAAAAUUAUCUAGUCGCCCAAGGAGAUGUUGUCGCGAUUGGUCAAUACCUAGCCGAUUUCAUAAACAUUUUAGAAACAAAAUUCACGUUAAAAACAAACGACGUCACGAUAAUCGGUUGGGAUUUGGGCGCCCACGUCGCCGGAAUCGCCGGCAAACAAUUAACCAACAAAUUAUCCACCAUCAUAGGUCUUGAUCCGUCGGGUCCGUUAUUCACUGAAAACAACAAACUUAAUCGACUUGACGUAGACGACGCCACGUUCGUACAAGUAAUUCACACGAAUACGAUAAUAAACGGUAUAGAAAUAGCGUGCGGAACGGCGGAUUAUUAUCCGAACGGGGGAACGAUUCAGAACAGUUGCGGAAAUGACGUCACCGGCGUAUGUUCGCACGAAAGAGCUUUGACGUUUUUCGUCGAAUCGAUCACUAGUGACAGAUUCGUUUCUUGCGCCAAUUAUGACAGUUAUAAGAAUGGCGAAUGUGACGAUUCGGACAAAUCCGUCAUGGGACGAUUGAAUGUAGAUACGAGCGCUAAAGGAAAAUAUUAUCUCGAUACUAACGACGUUGCACCCUACGCUAAGGGAUAAUUUACAUAAAUUUGUAAAAAAUUAAAUAAAUAUGUAUAUUGAAA